AUGGCUGAUCGACGGAGAAUUAAUGGACCGCCUGGUACAACGUUACCGCCCGUUUAUGAGACUACGGAUCCGAUUGCGACCACCAGGGAAAGGCUGGCAAACGGAAUUCGAGGAUUGUUUCUCAAGACUGGCGUCACUCCCACAGCUUCAGGCUCAGCAUACAUGGAGAUUGAGCCACCACUCGGCCAGAUCAAAUCUCAGGCCGCUUCUCAGUCAAAGACCAAUGGCAUGAAGCUCAUCUGCACUGUCCAUGGGCCUCGUUCGCUUCCUCGAUCCGCACCCUUCUCGCCCUACCUGGUGCUCUCAACUCAUGUCAAAUACGCUCCUUUCGCCACACGUCGACGUCGAGGCUACCUUCGUGACUCGAGUGAGAGAGAUCUCAGCGUUCAUCUCGAUACGGCCCUACGCGGAGUCAUUAUUGCGGAUAGAUGGCCAAAAAGUGGCGUCGACGUGAUUGUUACCAUUAUUGAAGGCGACCAAGAGCGAGAGGCGUCUCACUCCCAAGGCAACGAAGAGUGGGAUAUGAUGAACGUUCUCAGUGGUUGCAUCACCGUUGCCGCGGCGGCUCUCGCUGACGCUGGUAUCGAUUGCGUCGACAUGGUCACCGGCGGUGUUGCAGCUCUUGUCUCUUCAAACGAACAAGACACUACAGACGCAGACGCACUGUCUAUUGUCUUGGAUCCCGUUUCUCUGGAGCACGACAAAAUACUUGCCGCUUGCUGUGUGGCUUACCUCCCUUGUCGCGCGGAGAUCACCAACCUUUGGGUGAAGGGUCAGCUCUCGCCGUUGGACCCCUUGCUCCAUACGAAACUCAUGGGUCGCGCUAUUCAAGCUUCCAAGGGCAACUACCGCGCCGUUCUCGAGAGACUCGAAAGCAACCAACCACCCAGCAGUUAA